CAGAAUCAUGGGAUAUUUAAGAUGGCAGUGGAAGAUUUUUACUCCCGUAACUAUUGAGUCUAUCUAUCCUCUCCUCCAUUCCAUCAACAAUUUAUAAGCAUCUUUGUACCUUCUCUUUUCUAUUUUGUCCAUAUUUAAUUGUGCCUCCGGCUUGCUUUUUUUUUUUUUCAUUCUCGUCCGGCUUGCUUUGGGAGUUGAAGUAUUUAUCUGUCUUUCUAUUUUAAGAUGCCACCGUUUCUCGACUGAUGAGCCACGUCAGCUAAAAGUUCUCACCCAUCGGAUCGAAGGCCUGGCAAAUGUACACCAUCCAAUUCUUCUCCUCUUGUUAGCUUCGUCCGAUUCUCCGAUUACCGUCUCGUCCCGAUCGUCCUAUGUGCAAAAUCGAAGCACCCGCUGCCGCUCGCCCUCGCCUCUGCCGCUACCAGAGCCGGAGCCGGAGCCGUGCCGCCACCGGCCAACGGAUUCGGCCGAAUUCUCCCAAUUCUUCUCCUCACGAGCUGUGCAUGCCAAGAAUUGGUGAUUUCUGUGUAUGUGUAUACGCAUCUACAUGUGCGGUUUCUUGAUUUUUGGUGGGAGCGCCUCCACAGGUGGCGUCGCUGCCAGAGGAGAUCAGCUGGGAGAGGGGAGCCGGCUUCGGCUUCAGCGCCGGCGCCGGGGAGAUCGGCGUCGAUCCCGAGCUCGAUGAGUUCAUGGAGUCCUACUACCAGGAGGAGCUAUCAGCUGGCGCGGUACGAGGAGGAGCUAUCACACGACCGUUCGACGAGGCCGCGUCGUUCCUGAGCAGCAUCCAGGCGCAGCUCUGCAACCUCUGCAGUGGAGGCAACAAGAUGAGUAUAAGGAUGUGGAUGAGGAGUUCUUGUAGCGGUAUGCGAGACACGUGUUGUUACAUCUGUAUCUUCGCGGAGUCCGUUGACGAGCUCAUGCCGGAACCCACUGAGCCAUUCACCGUCGACCAGGUCCGGGACAUCCUGAUGAGGCAGUGUGUGGCUAAGGGGGUUGACGGCGGCUCCGUCGGUGCCCCUAAAAUUUUCUUGCUGAACCAAGUUUCAGAUUAGUUGUUAAUAAAAUUGACCGGUUGUUAUGAUUUA